AGUGUCGCACCAGCAGUAGCUACAGCAACAACAAGAACAGCGACGGCAGCACCGACUCACUGUUCUCGUCCAAAGACAAUCGAAAUAUUAAAGAAAAUUUAAGUUGGCGUCGCGUUUUUCGCGCUAAUUUAUAACAUCUUUUGAACGUAAACUUUCUUUCAAAACUACAACGGUCGCGAUUGACUUCGUAUGAUAUAAGUAGACGUUUAUAAAUUGUUCCGUCGGCACUUUCGACAGGGUUUUAAUAGCACUGUUGGCACUCAGCAGAGAUCCGGCCGGAGCCGAACACAGACCGUUUCACGGGUCUUACCGGUACGCCACCGGCAGAGGGCGCGGUACACGCAGCCCGACGGCGACAACGACGACGACCAUCACCACCACCACCACCACCGACCCACCACCGACAAGACCCAACGUCAGUCGGUGUCGUUUUUUACGAAUAUAAUAAUAAUAAUAAUAUAAUACCUACCUACCUGCAUACCUAUAUAUUAUUAUUUGUUUCGCGUGUCUACGUCGAAAUCUCGUAAUCAUAUCGUACACACGCACAGGCGCUCGCAUACGCCCGCACACCUCACACCAAUACUAGCGCACGCGCACGCACGCACACACGCGAAACCGGUAUGUCAGCUGUAGCGGCAGUGGCGGUGGCGUCGGCGGCGGCGACCGCGACGGACGACCCGGACGGAUACGAAGCCGGCAGUCAGGAGGACGACAUGGGAGCCGCCGAACGGGACUUGGCCGAGGACGCGCGCUGGAAGCUUAUCCAGCAGAACACGUUUACCCGAUGGGCAAAUGAGCACUUGAAGACGGCCGGUAAGGCCAUCGGCAAUCUGGAAACAGACUUAGGCGACGGACUUCGGUUAAUUACGCUCAUUGAGGUGCUCAGCGGCAAACGAUUACCCAAGCACAACAAACGGCCAACAUUCCGGUCGCAGAAGCUGGAGAACGUGUCUGUGGCGCUCAAGUUUCUCGAUGACGAAAACAUAAAGCUGGUCAACAUAGAUUCUUCCGAUAUUGUCGAUUGCAAAUUGAAAUUGAUUUUGGGAUUAAUAUGGACGUUGAUUUUACAUUACUCUAUAUCGAUGCCAAUGUGGGAUGGCGAAUUUGGCGGCGAGCAAGUACCAAACGAAAAAGGGCCGACACCGAAACAAAGGUUGCUGAACUGGAUCCAGAGUAAGGUACCGGAUAUACCGAUUUCGAAUUUCACUACAGAUUGGAAUGACGGAAAGGCCGUCGGUGCUUUGGUCGACGCUGUGGCUCCGGGAUUGUGUCCGGACUGGCAGGAUUGGAAAUCCGACAACGCACUUAAGAAUGCAUCAGAAGCUAUGGGCUUGGCUGACGAUUGGCUUAACAUAAAACAACUUAUCAAACCUGAAGAAUUGGUCAGUCCUAACAUGGACGAGCAAUCUAUGAUGACCUAUCUAUCUCAGUAUCCGAACGCAAAGUUGAAACAAGGAGCACCGAUUAGAUCGAAAACCAACCCAAGCCGCGUUCGUGUGUAUGGUCCCGGAAUUGAACCCACCGGACCAGUUGUGGGAGCCAAAACGAAUUUCACCGUCGAAACGUUUUCCGCUGGCAAAGGCACAGUCAAUGUUACUGUGGAAAAUCCCAAAGGAAAAGCUGAACCGGUUGAUCUGGUUUUCAACAAUGACCGAAGUCAAACUUACACAGCUACGUACAAGCCGGUUGUCGAAGGACCGCAUAAAGUACAUGUGAACUUUUCCGGUGUCCCGACUCCGAAAUCUCCGUAUCAAGUUAAUGUGGAUGCAUCGGCUGGUGAUCCAAACAAAGUUAAUGUAUUCGGGCCUGGUAUACAGCCUGAAGGUGUAUUCACGAGCAGACCUACUUAUUUCGAAAUUCAUACAAAAGAUGCCGGAAAAGGUGUUCCUGAGGUGAUAAUUCUCGAUCCUGCUGGCAGAGAGAAUACGAUACCGGUGAAACUCAAGAAAGAACCUAACGGAGUGUAUAUUUGCGAUUACACGCCGGUCGUUCAAGGAGUGCACUCUGUUAAUGUUUUCUUCGCAAAUCAACCUAUCCCGCUGAGUCCAUUCGCUGUCGGCGUAUCGAAUGCAUCGGAUGCUAAACGCGUAAGGGCCUUUGGGCGUGGUAUACAACCGCAUGGCCUUAGAGUCCAAGAUGAAGCUAAAUUCAAAAUAGUCACAGACGGAGCAGGCGAAGGCGUUCCCGAAGUGAACGUAAUCGGACCGGGUGGAGUCAAAGAACCUGUAAACAUGAAAAAACUCGACGCGCACACGUAUGAAGCUACAUACUAUCCAAGAAAAGUUGGACGGCAUGUGGUUAUGGUGACCUUUGGAGGAGUGGAAAUUCCAAAAGCACCGUUCGAAGUUCACGUAAACCCGUUCAAGGAGACUUUGAUUCGUGCUUAUGGUCCUGGACUUACUGAUGGCGUAGUUUCGCACCCAGCGAUGUUCACAGUCGAAACCAACGGAGAAACUGGUUCGCUAGGAUUCAGUAUUGAAGGACCAUCAAAGGCGAAAAUUGAUUGUCAGGACAAUGGCGACGGAUCGGCGGAUGUCAGGUAUUAUCCGAUGGCGCCAGGAGAGUACGCCGUGCAUAUAUUAUGCGAUAACGAGGACAUACCGAAGUCGCCCUACAUGGCAAACAUUGUACCUAGUACGGAUUUCUAUCCUGACAAAGUGAACUGUUACGGUAGUGGACUGCAACCAAAUGGUGUCAUACAAGGAAAACCGGCCGAAUUUGUCAUAGAUACGAAAAAGGCUGGGGUAGCUCCACUUGACGUAAAGGUCAUCGAUUCAAGUGGCAACUUUGUAGAACCCAUUUUGAAAGACAACAGAGACGGCACAUUUUCGUGCAAGUACGUUCCGAAAGCGAUUGGUAAACACACGCUACAGGUGAGUUACGGAGGCGUUGCUGUACCACAAAGUCCAUUCCGCGUUUUCGUGUCACAGCCAUUGAACGCGAACAAAGUACAAAUAUUUGGACCCGGUAUCGAAUCCGGCGUCAAGACCAAUAAACCCAAUCAUUUUACCAUCGAUUGUUCGAAUGCCGGAAUUGGCGAAUUGAACGUAAAUCUUGUCAACGAAAAAGGAGUCAACGUGCCAUUGCAAGUCAACGACAACGAAGACGGUUCGUUCCUUAUUGACUAUGUCCCGACCACUUCAGGUGUUCAUAAUUUGAAUUGCACUUAUGGUGGAGUGAAGGUGCCUGAUUGCCCAAUCAAGAUCAAUGUACAAUCUCCGGUAGACUUGUCCAAAGUAAAAGUGGAUGGUCUCGAAACGCUGGCGCCGGUCAACAGUCUUCAGCAGUUUCGGGUGAUAACGCGGGAAGCGGGUCGUGCGGAAUUCGCGGUGGUGAUCACCAGCCCGUCCGGUGGUUCGGUAACGGCGCACGUGGUGCCCGUAGUCGACGGUUACGUGGUCAACUUCACGCCGACCGAGGUGGGCGAGUACCGACUGAGCGUGACGCUGGGCGGCGAACCGGCGGGCCGCCAGUACCGGAUGACGUGCACGCGGGCCAGCGACCCGACCAAGGUGACGGCCCGCGGGCCCGGGCUGGCCGGCGGUCCGGUCAACCGACCCGCCGAGUUUACCAUCGACACGAAGCGCGCCGGCCAGGGCGGCCUGGGCGUGACUGUCGAGGGCCCGUGCGAAGCGGCCAUCAAUUGCCGGGACAACGGGGACGGCACGUGCUCGGUGGCGUACAUGCCCGUCGAGGCCGGCCACUACGUCAUAAACAUCACGUUCGACGACCACCCGAUUCCAGGGUCGCCGUUCAACGCGCUGGUCGGUGGCCGGGCGGCCGGCGAUGCGCCGCGUCCGCCCAACAACGUUAAGGCGUCCGGCAACGGUCUGCUGGCCAACGGCGUAUUUUUGGGAUCGCCGACUGACUUCUCCGUGGAUUCACGAGCCGUCGCCAAGUACGGCCAAGGAGUUGUUACGUGUACAGUUACUAAUCCAUCUGGCAGCCGGACCGAAACGUUCAUAACGCCUCAAAGCGACGGAACAUACAAAAUCAGUUACACCCCGUUCGAAGAAGGACCACAUACCAUUGACAUUUAUUACGAUGGCGUGCCCAUAGUUGGCUCACCGUUUUCCGUGAACGUGAAACGAGGUACUGACGCCAGCAAGUGCAGAGCGUUCGGACCUGGUCUGACUAAAGGAAUAAUCAACAAAGUCAACGCUUUUACCGUCGAAACAAAAGGUGCUGGCACUGGAAGCUUAGGUUUGGCCAUCGAAGGACCGUCUGAGGCCAAAAUGACGUGCAAAGACAAUCGUGAUGGUUCAUGUUCGGUUGAAUAUACGCCUACAGAAUCUGGUGAUUACGAUGUGAGCAUUCAGUUUGCUGAAAAACACAUUCCUGGAUCACCAUUUAAGGUUACAGUCGAUCGUCCUGCAUCUGUAAAUGAUAUCAAAGUGAGCGGACCAGGCAUCAACCCGAAAUAUUGUAGAGCUAACACGCCCAUCACGUUCAAAGUGGACGCAACAAAAUCUGCUAAAGGAAAUGUAGACGUAAAAAUGGUUACUGAUAAAGGUCCGUUACAACAGAAACCGAUUAUUCGAGACAAUGAAGACGGAACCUACGAUGUAACUUACACUCCUAAUCCAGAAGGUGCUCUACUUACAGCUAACGUAUUGUACAACGGACAUCAAGUACCAGACAGCCCUUUCAAGCUUAGAGUUCGACCAAAAUUCGAAUUAGAUAAAAUCAAGAUCGAAGGCCCCGGCGUUUCCGACUCUCGAGGUGUUAAAGCUUCUGUUCCCACGUAUUUCGUUGUGGACGCUACUGACGCGGGUUCCGGAAAACUGGAUUUAAGAAUUAUGGGACCUGAUGGUUUUCCUAGGCCUGUGGAUAUCGAAAAGAAAGAUAAUUUAUACAAAAUCAAGUAUACUCCAGAUGACUGUGGUCGGUACACGAUUGAAGCGCUAUAUGACGGAAAAUCGUUACCGCAAUCGCCGAUUCACGUACAGUCAUACUCCACUGGAAAUGCGGACAAUUGUCGUAUCAUGGGGAACAUAGAGAGCCGAAUACUGACGGGUAAAAACCACAGCAUCAACGUGAACGCCAGGAACUGCGGUGAUGGAAAUGUGACGUGCCGGAUAAGACCGGUAGACGGGCAUUAUUUCGUAAACACAGAAGUCGUGCCGAAAAACGAUGGCACGUACUUGGUCAACUAUUCGAUCAAAGAGCCCGGGGACUACACGUUGACGAUGAAGUACGGUGGUCAGCCGGUCAAUGACGGGUUUUACAAAUUUACGGCCACCGAAGGAACGGUCGGAGCAAAACGGUUGCCUAGAGACUUUGCCGAGCAACUGCGCUUCGACGAGUACGCGCAACAGACGACCACCACCACCUCGACAACCACCACAACCAACGGCAACGAGUAUAGACCCGUGUCUUUGGACAAGAUACCGGUACCUUCGUGCGGUGGACAUUUGACAGCUGAUAUUACGAUGCCGAGUGGUAAACGAGAUCAACCGUCCGUCGAGGAUAAUCACGAUGGAACUGUCUCACUUAAAUAUGAUCCCAAGGAAGAAGGCUUGCACGAGUUAUUCGUUAAGUACAAUGGAGAAAACGUUCAAGGUUCGCCGUUCAAAUUCCAUGUCGACUCAAUCACUAGUGGACACAUAACAGCGUACGGACCGGGACUCACACACGGCGUCAGCGGAGAACCGUCGGACUUCACCAUAUACACGAAAGGAGCCGGAGCCGGUGGACUUUCGUUGGCCGUAGAAGGUCCCAGCAAGGCUGACAUCAGUUGUCACGAUAACAAGGAUGGCACAGUGUCCGUCACGUACCUGCCGACAGCGCCCGGCGAAUACAGGAUUUCUGUCAAGUUCGGCGACAAGCACAUCAAAGGAAGCCCAUACAAUUCAAAAGUCACAGGCGAAGGCCGAAAGAGAAACCAGAUAUCCGUGGGCUCUUGCAGCGAGGUAUCGUUGCCCGGCAAAGUUCUUGACAAGGACUUCCGGCUGUUGAACGCAUCGAUCCAAGCGCCGAGUGGUCUCGAAGAACCUUGUUUCUUGAAACGCCUGCCAAACGGAAACUUAGGUAUAUCGUUCACGCCGAGAGAAAUCGGCCAACACGUAGUGUCUGUGAAACGAAUGGGCCAGCACAUCGUCAACUCGCCUUUUAAAAUCACUGUAGGUGAGCGAGAAGUCGGCGACGCGAAAAAAGUCAAAGUUACUGGCAACGGAUUGAAAGAAGGCAAAACACAUAUUGAGAAUUUGUUCACAGUGGAUACAAGAAGCGCCGGUUAUGGUGGAUUAUCGCUUUCCAUCGAAGGUCCUAGCAAAGCAGAGAUCCAAUGUAAGGACAACGAAGACGGUACAUUGAACAUAUCGUACAGGCCAACAGAACCAGGAUACUAUAUCGUGAAUUUGAAAUUCGCCGACCAUCACGUCGAUGGUUCACCGUUCACCGUUAAAGUCACAGGUGAAGGAAGCAACUGCCAGCGUGAGAAAAUUGAACGGAGGCGAGAAGCUGUACCUCUUACCGAGGUGGGCAGCAACUGCAAACUUACGUUCAAGAUGCCGGGUGUGUUGCCAUAUGAUUUAUCGUCGACUGUGACAUCACCUGGUGGCAUCACGGAAGAUGCCGAAAUCAACGAAAUCGAAGAUGGACUCUAUGCCGUUCAUUUUGUACCGAAAGAAUUGGGCGUACACACGGUGUCGGUCCGGUAUAAGGAAGUCCACAUACCCGGAUCGCCAUUCCAAUUUACCGUCGGUCCUUUGAGCGAUGGUGGAGCUCAUCGUGUACAUGCUGGAGGUUCUGGUCUAGAACGCGGUGAACAAGGGCAACCGUGUGAAUUUAACGUGUGGACUAGGGAAGCUGGCCCGGGCUCAUUAGCCAUAUCAGUCGAAGGUCCUAGUAAGGCGGAAAUUGAUUUCAAAGACCGCAAGGAUGGCUCAUGUUAUGUCAGUUACGUCGUAGGUGAACCAGGAGAAUACCGAAUUGGUAUUAAGUUUAACGAUCAGCACAUACCUGACUCACCGUACAAGCUGUUUAUAUCGCCAGCAAUGGGUGACGCGCACAAACUUGAAGUGGCGCAAUUCCCGACGUCUGGAGUCCAAGCCGAUUACCCCGCACAAUUCAUUGUUCGCAAAAACGGCGCUGUCGGCCAACUCGACGCGAAGGUGGUGUCGCCGUCCGGAACCGAAGACGACUGUUUCAUCCAAUCAAUCGAUCAAGACGAGUACUCUGUUCGUUUCAUGCCCCGCGAUAAUGGCGUUCACAAUAUACACGUCAAAUUCAACGGGGUUCACAUUCCAGGAUCGCCGUACCGCCUAAAGGUUGGCAAAGGAGACGCUGACCCAGCUGCCGUGCACGCCACUGGCAGUGGUUUGGGAGACGUCAAGACAGGACACAAGACGGAUUUCAUUGUGGACACUUGCAACGCGGGUGCCGGUACAUUGGCUGUAACCAUAGACGGACCAAGUAAGGUUUCUAUGGACUGUACCGAAGUCGAAGAAGGCUACAAAGUCAGAUAUACGCCGCUGGUGCCAGGCGAAUAUUAUAUCAGUUUGAAAUACAACGGAUAUCAUAUUGUCGGUUCGCCGUUCAAAGUCACCUGUACUGGCGAGGAUUUGGCUGAGCGCGGACCACAAGAAACAAGCUCGGUGGUAGUGGAAACCGUACACAAAGUGUCUAAAGGUCACAAGGGUGGAUCCGGUGUUGUUCUACCACACUUCAAGUCGAACGCCACACUCGUCACAAGCAAAGGAAUGGGCUUGAAGAAAGCGUACGUGGGAAAACAAAAUCUAUUCAGCAUAAGUGCUACAGAUGCCGGCAACAAUAUGUUAUUCGUUGGUAUUUAUGGACCUAAGGGACCGUGUGAGGAGAUAUUUAUCAAACACAUGAAACAGAAUAAUUUCCAAGUGAGCUAUAUCGUCCGAGAACGUGGUGAAUACAUUCUACUGGUCAAGUGGGGCGAUGAUCACAUACCUGGCUCACCGUUCAAAAUCGAAACCUAAAUUUAAAGAAAAAAAUGAAAACAAAAAAAAAAUACAAAAAAAAAACAACAAAUGGUUCGAAGCUAGAUUACGUCGAUCUUAUCAAUCUAUGAUAUGGACAGGUGAACUCAAUCAUUAUCAUCACCAUAAUCACAAAUAAGAAGAAACAAGAAACAGGUGUCCGUCCAUCGGAAUAAAAUUAUGGUUCUACCAGAUUUAUUUGCUGCAAUUUAUUAUAGUUAGCUUCCGACUUAAUAUUAUCAUUUAAAACUUGUUUACAAAAAAAAAAAAAAAAAACACUUUCAUUAUAGUUUUAGCAAAUAAUUAUUUACGUUCAUUCGAAAUUUCGAAUCUUAUCUUAUUUAUUUUAUAUACUAUACUCAUCGUGACUAUAUUAUAAUGUUCAUUAGUCAGAAUAUUAAUCAUUUUAUUUAUUUAUAUUAUAUUAUUAAACAAUAUAUUAUUAUUAUUAUUAUUCAACAUUGUAAUAAGUUAGUGUUCAACGAAACGUUCCGUAAGAUUUAAUAUUGAUUUGCCCGAAACAUAAUUAUCUAAUAUUAUUAUAUACCUACUUCGAAAUAGUUAUAAUAGCAUUCGUCGUCUAACCAAUUAUUAAACAACAUUCAGUGUGGUAUAAGGUAUUUAACUUAUAGCUAACCACUUCGUAUCUUCGUUAUGUGUACUGUGUACUGAUUCAAUAUGAUUUUAUACAAUAUACAUUAAUAUUAUACCUAAAUAUAUUUAUACAAAAUGGGAUGCCUGUAAAUAAAGAUUCUAUAUCAUUACGUUA